AUGUACAUCCUCUUAUCCGCUUCCAUCCCUGAAAUCCUGAGCACAAUCAACACACGCUUUACUCUUAACCACCGACCUAACACCCCGACUCUUAUUCAAAAUCCCAAGGUGUCUAGCCUCCUGCUCAAUAUCCCUCACACUCCUCCCAAGCCCCAGAUACCCCUCAUCAUCCAACGCAAACAAAGCCUCCUGAACCCAAACGCGGCAACAAAGCCUCUCCCAAAACCGAACCGAAUACAGCGCCAACGGAACAAGCGCCAGCCGCCUCGCCAGCGCAGCGUGCAGGACAGGCUCGACAACGCCAAUCUGCAGCGCCAGCACCACCCGCGUGCUGCUCGCUAUAUCAUUCACAGCUUCGCUUUUGCAUUCCCAGGUACUCGGGUUCGCUUCGUUGGUUAUUGGAAAGUUCGUCCUGUGUUGACUGUUGCGGCGAGGUAG